CCCAAAUUCCCUAUUUUUCAGUUGAUUAACACUGCCUCAUUACCCAUCUAAUUUCAUACCUACAUUAAUACUACUAUAUAAGAGUAGUAUUAUUUCAAGAAUUUAAGAUCAAGAAAAUUCCCAUUUUUUUAUUUUUAUCAUUUUUUACAAUCUUGAUCUACUAUUUUUUUUUUUUUUUUUUGGGUGUUCUUGUUUAGGCAGUCAUGAAUGCACUUGCAGCUACAAAUCGUAAUUUUCGACAAGCAGCUAGAAUUCUUGGAUUAGAUUCUAAACUUGAAAAGAGUCUUUUGAUCCCUUUUAGAGAAAUUAAGGUGGAAUGCACAAUUCCAAAGGAUGAUGGGACGUUAGUUUCCUAUGUCGGAUUUAGAGUACAACACGAUAAUGCUCGCGGACCCAUGAAAGGAGGAAUCAGAUACCAUCCUGAGGUUGAUCUUGAUGAGGUGAACGCCCUUGCUCAACUAAUGACUUGGAAGACUGCUGUAGCAGAUAUCCCAUACGGGGGAGCAAAGGGUGGGAUUGGCUGCAUACCAAAAGAGUUAAGUUUGAGCGAAUUGGAGCGCCUUACACGUGUUUUCACACAGAAAAUUCAUGACCUUAUUGGAAUUCAUACUGAUGUCCCUGCACCUGAUAUGGGCACUAAUGCUCAGACCAUGGCUUGGAUUUUGGACGAGUACUCAAAAUUUCAUGGCCACUCUCCUGCAAUUGUGACCGGGAAACCAGUUGACCUUGGGGGUUCGUUGGGUAGGGAGGCUGCAACAGGGCGUGGUUGUGUUUAUGCUGCAGAAGCAUUACUUGCUGAGCAUGGAAAGCAGAUUAAGGAUUUGACUUUUGCAAUUCAGGGGUUCGGGAACGUAGGAUCAUGGGCAGCAAAGCUUAUUCAUGAGAGAGGCGGCAAAGUAGUUGCAGUUAGUGAUAUCACCGGAGCAGUCAAGAAUCAGAACGGUCUUGAUAUACCGGCUUUGCUUCGUCAUAAAGAAGCAACAGGGAAGCUAAUUGAGUUCAACGGUGGCGAUGUAAUGAGUUCAGAUGAAUUGCUUACACACAAUUGCGAUGUUCUUAUACCCUGCGCCUUGGGAGGAGUUUUGAACAGAGAAAAUGCUGAUUAUGUGAAGGCCAAGUACAUCGUAGAAGCAGCAAAUCAUCCGACUGAUCCAGAAGCUGAUGAGAUUCUGUCAAAGAAAGGUGUUAUAAUACUUCCCGACAUAUAUGCUAAUGCUGGAGGUGUGACCGUUAGUUAUUUUGAGUGGGUUCAGAAUAUUCAAGGCUUUAUGUGGGAUGAAGAGAAGGUUAACCAGGAGCUUAAAAAGUACAUGACAAAAGCCUUCCAUAAUCUCAAAAACAUGUGCCAGACGCACAAUUGUAAUCUUCGAAUGGGUGCCUUCACAUUGGGGGUGAAUCGCGUUGCGCGUGCCACACAAUUGAGAGGUUGGGAGGCGUAAUUAUAUUCGCCUAUGUUGUUGCAGC